AUGAAUAGCGAUAAGCUUUUUGACAUCAUAUUCAACAUGAAGUUCACCAUGAAACAGAUGAACAAAAGCGCCAGCGCGGCUGAGAAGGCGAGCGAGAAGGAGAAACUCCUUGUAAAAAAGGCGCUUGAAAAGGGGAACCCCGAAGCUGCCCGCAUCUACGCACAAAACGCCAUUCGAAAGAGAAACGAGUCGUUGAAUUAUCUUCGCCUUGCCUCCCGCAUCGACGCCGCGGUGUCACGAAUACAAACGGCGGAGAGUAUGCGGGCCGUGACCGCGUCGAUGAAGGGCACCGUGCGCGGGAUGGCGAAGGUGAUGGAGUCGAUGGACCCGAUGAAGAUAGCCAAAGUGAUGGACGCGUUUGAGCAGCAGACAGGCACGCUUGACGUCAACCUUGGCACGAUGGACGCCGCCUUUGAAAGCACGCAGGCCGGGACCGUGCCUGUGGGCGAGGUGGACUCCCUCAUGAGCCAGAUUGCGGCUGAAAACAACUUUGAUAUCAGCUCAAAGAUGAGCGGGGUGCCUCUGCACAGCCAGCUGCGCCCGGCGAUGGCGACAGGGAGGGAAGCGGAGGAGGAUGCCGAAACCCAGGAGAUAAUGGAGCGACUGGAGCGCCUGCGCGGCAAUGCCGUGUAA